AUGGGAAAGAAGGCUGUUAUUUCUCCUUUAGAAGAUCCGGAUUCUCUGUUUGUUAAUAAGCUGGAUACUAAUAUGGCGCUGGCUAUGGUGUCUAAUUUCUCAAAAGAAGAGGUUAAGGAGGCUAUGUUCCAAAUUAAUGAUGAAAAGGCACCUGGGCCGGAUGGAUACAGUGCUAAAUUCUUUAAAGAAGCAUGGGAUAUUGUGGGGAAUGAAGUGACUGAAGCUGUUCUGGAUUUUUUUAGGAAUGGGAGAUUAUUAAAGGAGUUAAAUGCUACUGUUUUAUCUAUGGUUCCCAAAGUUAAAGCUCCUAAUUCUGUUGCUGAGUUCAGGCCUAUAGCUUGCUGUAAUGUGCUGUAUAAGUGCAUAAGUAAAGUGUUAUGCAAUAGGUUGAAAGGCUGUCUUGAUAAAUUGGUUAGUCAGAACCAAAGUGCAUUUAUCCCAGGGAGAUUGAUCAGUGAUAAUAUCCUCUUAUCUCAAGAGUUAGUGAAAGGAUAUGACUGGAAAGGAGGGUGUCCGAGGGUUGCUGUAAAGAUUGAUUUACAAAAAGCUUAUGAUUCUGUUAAUCAUGAGUUCAUUAAAAACAGUCUGUUUCAUUUUGGGUUUCAUGGAAAGUUUGUGGAAUGGGUUAUGUGUUGUCUGGAUUCAGUCUCCUAUUCUGUGGCUCUUAAUGGGAAUCUUUAUGGGUUUUUUAGAGGGGAGAAGGGGCUUAGGCAAGGAGAUCCCAUGUCUCCUUACCUAUUUACCAUUGUUAUGGAAGUAUUGAAUCUUAUUAUUAAAAGAAAGAUUAGAGAAAAUGACAAGUUCAAGUUUCAUUGGAGAUGUGAGAGGGUGGGGUUAACGCAUUUAUGCUUUGCUGAUGACCUUCUUAUAUUUUGUGGGCCUGAUAUGGAAUCCUUUGGAAUUAUAAAAGGAGCAGUGGAUGAAUUUAGCAGGGUGUCUGGUCUGGUACCAAAUGUUCAUAAAAGUGAGAUCUUUUUUGGAAAUGUUAAUGAAGAAUUGAGAAAAGAAAUUCUGAAUGUUCUUCCUUUUAAGGUUGGGCAAUUUCCAAUGAAGUAUUUGGGCAUCCCUUUAUCCUCUAAAAGACUGUAUCAAGCUGAUUGUAAAGUUCUUAUAGAUAAAGUCAAAAACAGAAUCUCGGAUUGGAAAGUGAAAUUUUUAUCGUUUGCUGGGAAGGUCCAAUUGAUCAAAUCUGUUCUGUCUUCGCUGACCAUUUAUUGGUCUUCUUUGUUCAUUCUUCCAAUAAAUGUGGCUGAGGAUAUUGAAAGACUAAUGAGGGGUUUUCUAUGGAAUCAUCAUGAUGGGAGCAGGGGCUUGGCUAGAGUUAAAUGGGAUGAGGUGUGCAGGCCAAAGCUAUAUGGGGGCUUAAAUAUCCUAUCUUUAAGAAAGCAAAAUAUGGCAUUGAUGACCAAACAUAUAUGGAAUUUGUUGUCGAACAAAGAUUCUUUAUGGGUUAAGUGGAUUAAGUCUUAUAAGUUAAUGGGGAGAAGUUUUUGGGAAAUUGGGGAAAAUAGAUUGGACUCGUGGAGUUGGGGUCAUUUAUUGCAGAAUAGGAAUAUGGUUAGGAAUAAUUUUAUAGUCAAGAUAGGUAAUGGUAUGGACUCAUUUGCUUGGCAUGAUUUGUGGCAUGAGAAGGGUAUUUUGGGUAAUUUGAUUGAUAGAAGGGAUAUCCGUGAAGCAGGGUUCGACCAAAAAACAAAGGUUGCUGAGUUAUUUAAUUCUCAGGGAUGGCAGGUUCCGGAGGAGUGGCAUAGGAAAUACCCAUGGCUUGUUCAAAGAAGUGUGGAGACUUUUCAUAUUGAUAAGAAAGAUUGUGUUGAAUGGAAAGGUAGUGAUGGGAAGGUGGUUAGGUUUUCUGUGAAACAGGUGUAUAAUAGUUUUUCCUGUGCUGGGGAGGUAGUAAAAUGGAGCAGUUUUGUGUGGUUCAGCCAAUGUAUUCCGAAGCAUGCUUUUAUUAAUUGGCUGGCGUUUAGGGGUAAAUUGUUAACACAGGACAGAAUGCUGAGUUGGGGUUGGGAUGGUGAUUUGAGUUGUGUUUUUUGUAAACGCUGUCCUGAUAGUCAUGAUCACUUGUUCUUCAGUUGUGAAUAUUCUAGUGCAGUAUGGAGGAGAGUGAGAAGGCAGGCUAGAAUGGAGGAGGCCCCUUGUUUAUGGCAGGAGUUUAUAGUAUUUGCUGAAAAAAUGAAGAAGGGUAAGUCCAUUUGGGAUAUUAUUAGAAGAUUGGUGGUUGCGGCUUGUGUUUAUUUUAUAUGGCUAGAGAGGAAUGGGAGGUUAUUUAGGGAUAACAGUAGGUCUCCUCAACAACUGUUUGUUAGAAUCUGUGAAGAAGUAAGAAUGAGAUUGGUGGGGUUAAAAUUGAAAAGGAGCAGCAAUGUUUUGGAGGCUGCUGAGGUAUGGAGGUUUAAGGGUGCAUUAACCAUUCAGGUCAUCUCUGCGUUUUGUGAAUGGGGAUUAGGUUUUUCUGUGCUAUGGGAGGGCACUAACCAGGGAGGAAAUUUGAACCGAGUUUUUGUUUUGGUGGCCAGUCUAGAGGGUGUAUCAACCAUUCUGGUCACUUCUGCGGUUGUUGAUGGGAGGUUAGGUGAUUUAAUGCUAUGGGGAUGCAUUUGCCCGGGAGUUAUAAGGAAGGAGAUUAUCACUGUUUAUAGGACAUUAUUUUCCACUUAUAAUUCUUUUUGGAUUUGCCUAGAACCAUACAGUGAUAAUCAAUCCCGGUCUAUAUGGUCAGGUUGUUUUUUUCUGAAACCGUUUCUUGUUUUGGUUUUGAAUCCUUUGAGUCUUUUGGUAUGGGGUGGGGUAUGCUGGCUAUGUAUUGGGUUGGGGUUGUGUGCUGGGAAUGGAGAGUGGUUGAUGAGAGGGAAUGGUGUAAAGAACAAAUUGUUUAACAGUGGUUGCAAUUGGGAAAAUUGCUGUGAUAGGUCUUUGGGUUUAUGGGAAUCAUUGGGGGAUAAGAGGGUUAUUGGAUUGGGCAGGGGAGGUUUGGAAUGA